CCGGCUCCCAGCCCAGGACCAGGACAGGGAUGGGCCUCUCCUCCUGCAGUGGUGAGUGGGACUGCCAGGCCCUCCUGCACCUUCUCACAUGGGCGGAGGGAGAGACCUCUCAGGGCGAGACUUCUCAGGGCCUGAUUAGAGGCUGAGCCGGGGGUUUCCUGCGAGGGCUAUGAAAUCUCCUUUCACAAGCGGCUCCAUUUCCUUGCUGAAAGUUUCCCCAUCUACAAAGUCCUCCUGCAUCCUGGCCGGACACUCUCUUUGGUCAAGGCAAACCUGCGGCCAUGCUAACGUCUUGUCUGAUGUCCUACAGAAGUCUCUGACUCAACAAAAAUGAAGCCAGGAGGCUUUUGGCUGCAUCUUGCUCUGCUUGGGGCCUCCCUGCCAGCUGCGCUGGGAUGGAUGGACCCAGGAACCAGCAGAGGCCUGAACGCCAGAGUCGGGGAGUUGCAUGUAGAGGAAUCCAGAAGCUUUGAAGUCACAAGAAGAGAAGGGCCUUCCAUCCAUGGUGAGCUAUCAGCCUCCUGUGGGAAGACCUUCUGCAGCCGCGGGAGCCGCUGUGCACUCAACAGGGAGACUGGGGAGCCCGAAUGCCGGUGCCUGGGCAAGUGCAAGCCCAGCUACAUGCCUGUGUGCGGCUCUGACGGGAAAUUUUAUGAAAACCACUGUGAGCUCCACCGGGCCGCAUGUCUGCUGAAGAAGAAAAUCGUCAUUGUCCACAGCAAGGACUGUUUCCUUCAAGGUGACCCGUGCACCAUGGCUGACUACGCCCGCCUGAAGAACGUCCUCCUGGCCCUCCAGACCCGCCUGCGGCCACUCCAGGAAGGGAACAGCAGACAAGACCCUGCCUCCCAAAAGCGCCGCCUGGUGGAAUCUCUGUUUAAGGACUUGGAUGUAGAUGGUGACGGCCACCUUAGUGGCUCCGAACUGGCUCAGCACAUGAUGGAGGAGCAGGAUCCUGAUGUGGACUUCCUGGGCUGCUCGCCAGAGGCUCUCCUCCGAUUCGACGACUACAACCAUGACGGCUCCCUGACCCUCCGCGAGUUCUACACGGCCUUCCAGGUGGUUCAGCUCAGCCUCUCCCCCGAGGAGAGGGUCAGUGUGACCACAGUGACCGUGGGGCUGAGCACGGUGCUCACCUGUGCUGUCCGCGGAGACCUGAAGCCACCUAUCGUCUGGAAGCGCAACGGGCUCACCCUGAACUUCCUGGAAUUGGAAGACAUCAAUGACUUUGGAGAGGAUGACUCCCUGUACAUCACCAAGGUGACCACCAUCCACAUGGGCAAUUACACCUGCCACGCCUCCGGCCAUGAGGAACUCUUCCAGACCCACGUCCUGCAGGUGAAUGUGCCUCCAGUCAUCCGCGUCUAUCCUGAGUCCCAGGCUCAGGAGCCCGGGGUGGCGGCCAGCCUGAGGUGCCAUGCAGAGGGCAUUCCCAUGCCCAGAAUCACCUGGCUGAAAAAUGGCCUGGACGUCUCAACCCAGAUGUCUAAACAGCUCUCCCUUUUAGCCAAUGGGAGUGAGCUCCACAUCAGCAGCGUCCGGUACGAAGACACAGGGGCAUACACCUGUAUUGCCAAAAAUGAAGUGGGCGUGGACGAAGAUAUCUCCUCACUCUUCAUUGAAGACUCAGCCAGAAAGACCCUUGCAAACAUUCUGUGGCGAGAGGAAGGCCUCAGUGUAGGAAACAUGUUCUACGUCUUCUCCGACGACGGCAUUAUCGCCAUCCACCCCUCGGACUGUGAGAUCCAGAGGCACCUCAAACCCAGCGAGAACAUUUUCAUGAGCUAUGAAGAAAUUUGUCCUCAAGGGGAAGAUGACGCCACCCAGCCAUGCCAGUGGGCAUCCGCAGUCAACGUCCGGAACCGGUACAUCUAUGUAGCCCAGCCAGCACUGAGCAGAGUCCUCGUGGUCGACGUUCAAGCCCAGAAAGUCCUGCAGUCCAUAGGUGUGGACCCUCUGCCAACUAAGCUGUCCUAUGACAAAUCACAUGACCAAGUGUGGGUCCUGAGCUGGGGGGACAUGCACAAGUCCCAAACAAGCCUCCAGGUGAUCACGGAAGCCAGCGCCGGCCAGGGCCAGCACCUCAUCCGCACACCCUUUGCAGGAAUGGACGAUUUCUUCAUCCCCCCAACGAACCUCAUCAUCAACCACAUCAGGUUCGGCUUCAUCUUCAACAAGUCUGACCCCGCCCUUCACAAGGUCGACCUGGAGACGCUGAUGCCCCUCAAGACCAUCGGUCUGCAGAGCCACAGCUGUGUGCCCCAGGCCAUGGCCCACACCCACCUGGGUGGCUACUUCUUCAUCCAGUGCCAACAGAACAGCUCUGCUCCUGCCAACCCGCAGCUGCUCAUCGACAGCGUCACCGACUCGGUGGUUGGCCCCAACGGUGCCAUCACAGGCACCCCACACAUCUCCCCUGACGGGCGCUUCCUAGUCAGCGCUGCUGCCGACAGCCCCCAGCUGCACGUGCAGGAGAUCACCACGCAGGGGGAGAUCCAGAGCCUCUACGACCUGAGGAUAAGCCAAGGCGUCUCGGACUUGGCCUUCCAGCGCUCCUUCACCCAAGGCAAUCAGUACUACGUCUACGCCGCGCUGGAGACAGCCCCCGACCUGCUGUUCCUGGAGCUGUCCACGGGGAAGGUGGGCACGCUGAAGAACUUAAAGGAGCCUCCUGCGGGGCCGGCCCGGCCUGGGGGUGGGCCCCGCAGAAUCGUGAGGGACAGUGGGCUGUUUGGACAGUACCUCCUAAUGCCAGCCCAAGAGUCGUUGUUUCUCAUCAACGGGAGGCAAAACGCACUGCGAUGUGAGGUGUCAGGCAUCAAGAGGGGGACCACGGUGGUGUGGGUGGGCGAGGUAUGAAGGAGACCCGGGCAGGGCCCUCGGCCAAGGAGCACCACCCAGUCCUGGCACCACAGCCCCCAGCAGGUGCCCUGUACAUUUUCACAGACAAAAAGCAAAAAAAAAAACAAAAACAAAAAACCUGUAUUUGCUUUGUGGUUCAACAUUGGUCUCCUUGCAAGUUUCCUAGUAUAAGGAAUGCGCUGCUAACAAGAUUGGGGUUUUUUCAUUAGGAAGUAUGAUUUAUGCCUUGAGCUCCAGUACAAACAUGUGCUGCUGUGCAAAGGAAUCUUUUCUGUGCCAAGCUACAAGCCGUGUCACCUGGGGGUGCUGUGGAACCGAGAGAUUCUGCUUCCCAGGCUGACGUGUCCGUCAGUUGCCUUCACAAGGUCAUUUUCCUUUGCCACAGAUGGAGAAGCCCCAAGCCCUGCCUGGAGCCAGAGGCUCACCAGGAGCAGGCUCUCCCUCCCAGCAGGAAAGCCACGUCUGCCCUCGCUCUGGACCUUAUUUUCUUCUUUGCAGCUGCUUCUCGCUUUUUUUUUCAAGCCUGAAGGAGAGCCAACAUGACUUACUGCAUCUUGGGGGUUGGGGAAAUCACUCACUUUAUUUUAGAAAUUUUUGAUUAAAAGAUAAUUUUUUACAAUCUCAAAUGCUAGUAAGCAGAAAGAUCCUCUCCGGAGUCCAGCUCUAUUUUUCCCUGCCUUAGGCCAAGGUUCUGGGAGUCGCAACCCCACAUUCUACAGCCAGAAAGAUCUGAGGGCAAUGGUCAGCAAAGAAUAAUGGUCCCCUAAACUACUGCCACUCCCAUUUUUCUAAGUGCAGGUUAGGUCACCAGGUUGGUGAAGACGACUUGAUUCAGUGUCAGGACCCCAAGAGACCAGGACAGACCCUGUGUGCCUGCUCUUCACUGAGGGGGGACGUUUCAUUAGCCAGGCCCAGUACACCAGAUUCAGGGCACACUGAGCUUGCCUGGCAAGGCACAGGCAGCGUGCAGAAGGUGGGACCUUCAGGUUUGCCACAGACAACCCAAGGACAUGAGCAGGGUCAGGGCGUGUUUCUUAGGGUCCACCUUUCAAAAACAGCUUUCUUUUCUGCCUAUGGCCCUUGCCCGUAGCUCUAGUGACUCCAACCCUGCAUCAGCACUGUGCUGUGGACUAGGUAUUUUCUGCCACAUGCUGCCCUGUCUCUCCAGUAUACAGAUGCUCAAAAACAGAGUCAGAGGGACACAGGCUGGCUCUGCAGAGCUACGCCCAGGUGUCCCAGGCAAAAGUGGGCUUGCAGGUGAGCCAAGCACUGCUGUGGGGGUCAGAGAGGUGCAAGCCAGCCAGCAUAGGGAGAUGGCCCGUGUCAGAGGACCUCAGCAAGGAAGAGGCAAGCGUGGGUUCUCUGAGCACUCCUUUCCCUCUCGCUCACAUCAGCAGCUGAAAUGCACUUGCCUUCUGGCUUGAAUGACCAUCGUGCAAGCCGUGUGGGGCUGGGAAAGGUGUCAGACUAUCACAGACACCUAAGCCACAUAGCCACCUCCACCUGCCAACAUGGCCAUGAUUUUUCUGUGCCACUGAGGAAGAUGUCAUCUUUCAUUCAGGGAACAGAAGACAUAGACUGUAUCUCUCUAAAUACAGCCACUUUUCAUUCCCACUUGACUGCCCAGCCCACCCAUGCCCCCACAUUUCCUGAGAUCCAUCACCCCUCUGGUAUGUCUCAUAUCUUGGUCCACCAGACAUUCAUCCCCUUCAGUUCCCAGUAGUGUGCCUAGUCACGUCCCGUUCACGUUUUAGAUUCUUUAAAGGUGACUUCUGUAGAUCUAUGUCAGUCAAGGUAACUGACCUCAAAAGCCUAAUAUUCACUUUCAAGAUGGCUGGGAAGGAGGCGUAACAGCUCACCCUUUUCUCUUGCCUCAAUAUCUUGAUGCAUUGGCUCCCAAACUCUCCAUUUUUACCACUGAAACGCUCCGACUCACUCUCUUUGGCAAAACUGUGAGUCGUGGCAGCCCCUAGCAGAAAAAGUGCCUCGGCGCAUAAAGGUGGGAGCGUGCCGCCGACUGCCAGGCCAGAACGUUGGUCCCUCGGGGUGGCAGGAUCCCUGAGUGAGAGACCAAUCCAGUCCAAAGGGGCCUUUUGACCUGGGCGUGAAGGAGCUGACUUCUGCAGCGUCUGUACCUUUUCCACUGUUCCCUCCAUUCUUCAGAUUGUCUGAAACACAUCUCUGCCUCUCUCUGUCCUCACUAUGCAGUUUACUGUAGCCAGCGGGCUUAGGUCCCACUGCCAGCCUGCUGGACACAAGUGAAUUGGAGCAGGACCAUCACAGGCCUGAAGCCCAGGCCAGAGUUUCAGAAUCCCGUCCCAGGAGGAAAAUUCACAAAGGCGGGAGGGUAAAUGUUGUCUGGCAGUGAAACUAGAGCUAACAGAGCUGCUCCGUUCAUAGGCAGGGGAAGGACUGGCCAGCACCCUCCCUCCACCUCCUCCUUUUCGCAGCCCCCCGUAGAGGCUCCUGGAACACAGUCUGAACAUCACCCAUGUAACUUGGCUCCACUACAAGUGGGCCCCCUUGAAGCAAACCGGGUAGGUGAUCCUUUUGAUGAAUGCAAAAGGUUGAUUAAUUAAUAUUUUACAUUGUGAAACAAGUAUUCACUUUACCAAAAGAACCAUCAAAACAGCCACUUACAUAAUGAACUCCCUCAGUAAUUUUUAAAUAAAAUCAAUUUCACAAAAAUUCAAUAGAUUUUUUUUUCAGAAUUACAAACACACAAAGCAAUCUGCACCUGUGGCAACAUUAAGGCUUUGAAGCUGAGACCCUCCUUCUCCUUCUGCCCAAGUGGGCAGAAAACCUGUUUGGGGAUUCCAGGUCCAAAACCCUGCCCAGCCACCCAUGGAUUGAGGGCAGGACAAAUGAUUUGUCUGCUUCUAGAUGACUGCAUGAACUUUCUGAGAGUGGACCACACCACACCCUGUGUGGUGAACACAGUCACCCCAGCCCAAGGCAAUGUUGGCCCAGCAGCCCUGCCUGGGCUUGUGUCUUAAGUCUCCAAAUCAUCCAGGUAUCCUACUGCUUUCCCCCCAGGAAGUAGCUGGAAGAGGCCUGUAAAGUCUUGGCUGGGGCCAACCACUAAUACCAAACUUCAAAUAUCUAGAAACAGCAUCAUCCGAGCCAAAAGGUCACUCUCUACAGUUCCCAUCCAUCUCCCUGCUUACCUGUGCAGAAAAGGGUUCCCAGUUCCACCCAGAUAGGUGCCCUGGAGGAUGACUUUCAACCUCACAUAGAGAAUCGCCUGCUGCCCUAGAGAACUGUGACUGCGGAGUGUUCAUUUAAGAAAGCAGCCAGGGAGUUGACUUUGUGUGGCCACAACUUCUUGUUUUCUGUUGACCAAUAACCUGUGAACAAAAGGAGAUUUCAGAACUGAGAUGUCAAACAGAUUCAUUCUGGAUAUAUUUUUCUACAAGGGGCUUAAAAAGUAGUUGAUUCAUUUUCCACCAUGUGUUUCACUCAAAACCACAGAUGCUGGACCAUCUUCAUAAGCAAAACCUCUCUCUCUCUCCCUCUUUUUCUCUCUCUACAGUCCUCUUCAGAAGCAAGCCUCCAGGACAGUUGACACAGCCCCCACCUCCCUCCCACGUGUCCACAAAUCGACCUCACAUUCUCCUUCCCUGCACCCAGCACCCCCAGAAUGCUGCCCCCAUACCAGAAGGCCAAACAGGCUGUAGGAUGAUGACAGUACUGAAUAGAUGUCCAUCGCUAGUCUCCUCUACCCAGCUCCCCAGAUCCCAUGCCAAGCGCAAUCAGAACCCACUGGGACCUAGCCCCUUGCUGCCGGGAAUCAGACACUCCAAACUCCAGCUCACGGCCCUUUGGAGUACGGUGUCCAAGACAAGAGAGAGCUCAGAACCAUCAGGGAAGUCAGAUACUGUCAGACCAGGACAUCUCAGCCAAGCCUCUGACUCAGGGGGCCAGAGCUCCCCACUGCCUCCAUUCCCACUGUAUUCUCUUCCUUGCCCUGCUCCCUUCCUCUGCCUUAGGCCACUGCUCCAGAGCCACUGCACAACAGCUACUACCAUUAAAGGGGUGACCGACCUUCCCGCUACCCCAGUCUCCCAGGGGCCAUGGCCCAUGCUGCUUUCUUGCUUUGGGAUACAAGUGAGAGGCCCCUCGUGAAGCCAGAGGCUACUAUUUGCCCCCAACCUGGCAUGAAGACAAAGCCAUUUUAUUCAAGAAAGUCACCAGCUGCCUUGCUUGUUCUCUGAAAUCAUAGAAAGCAUAGAACAGAAAUGCUUGAAAAUCUCAAGGGGAAAAAAUACAGUGCCUAUCCUCAAAGUAUGGCUAGUAGACACUAAAUAGUGAAAAUGCAGCCCACUUCCUGCUUCUGUCUGCACCCAGUUGAUUACCUGCCAACUCACUUGAGGAUCUGAGCAUCUUCCCCGGGCCUGCAGGCUUAGACACCAGCCACCCAACAGUUACUCUAGGACCAGUAAUCAGGGUCUUAUGCAUUCGCCCCUUCCUUUGGAGCUUUGGAAACAAGUCGGAAGGCCUUGUUUAACCAAAUGCAAUGCGUGAAAUUAUGAGAAAUUCUGGGAGAGUUGGGAUUGGCCUUCAAAAUCCACAGUGGGCUUCUUUAGCCAGCACCAGAGAGUUUACCAUGCACUUCUUUUUGUUUUUUUGUUUUUUUGAUUUUUUUUUUAACAAAGCCACAACUCACACACCCCUCUCUCCAAGCUCACCUUGACUACUAUGGGACCAAGCUUUUCCCAUGUGACCACAGAGAACAUGGGUCAUGCUAACGCUAGAGGGCUUGGCCUACAUGCUACAAAGCAAUAGCUGUUGACUCGCCCCACCACCAAGCCUGAUGACACAAGGAUCUCUACCUGUAGCCAUAGCAGGAUUGGAGAAUGCUGCCCUUUGGAGGCACCUUCUUCAAGGUCAGAGCUUUGUUUCUGAGUAAGGGCAAGCAGUAUCGUAUCGCUGGUCACAGGGCCCAGGAGCUCGAGAAUGAGACAAUUUUCUAAAUCUAGACCUUCAUCCACUGCCCAGCAUUAUACCUGCCAUACCUUUAAGCACUAUUGGUCCUUGGAUGGCAGGUCUGGAAGGCACUCACCCCCCUCACAGCACAGUCUCCUGGUGCCCCAUGGCCUCAUUCUCACUGCCCUACCCCUGGGGCUGGGUAGCCCCAGUGCCCAUGGCCAUCCCCUACCCCAUUCCUGGCCUGGUCCUGUCCCCCACCCCCCCAUCGCUCCCCUAUUGCUGGGGCUUCCCGUAAGCUGGUGUGUUAGAUGACCAGAAAGCAGAACUGGGCGUGGAAUUUUGCUGGAGUGGUCACACACUGUUUCAUGCUGUAACGUAGCUGAACGGCCCUCAAAAUGUGAAGCCCCACACGCCAUUUGCCCUGUGAAGAUUCUCAUCUUUCCCCACCUCAGAAAACUUCCAGAUCUCUUACGUCAAGGCAGGUUACAUUAGUUUGAGCCGUUAUGUAGACUCCAAAAUAUAUUUUCUAUAAUCACCAGUAUUUCUCAAAAGGCCUCCUGUAAUUAAUACAUAUGUGAAUUUUUCCUUAUUUAUAGUAUAUAUAUAAAUUAUUUUUAAUACAUCAACUUUAGUAGAAAUUUGUACCAACACAGUAAUGGUAUGUGGCAUUUGAAAUGAGUUUGGUUUACUUUGACAUGUCACACAGUAUUGAACACACAGUGUAUUUGCAGUACCACUUGGUAUAAAAACGACUCACAAGUUAUC